AUGCAGGCAUUCUCGGAUCGCCUUACAUCUGACCAAUCUUUGUCAAAUAUUGCUGGAAAUCUUGAAAUAUGGGACUUUGCUGGCCAGUUUGUCUUCUAUGCUACUCAUACAUUAUUUCACAGCAAGCGCGCUGUAUACCUUUUGGUGUUUGAUUUAUCAACACCAUUGUCAUCAGUCGUUACAGAUUCUGAAUUUCCAAUGGAAACAGGCGAUAAAACGAUGGAACAAUUCAUAAAGUUUUGGAUAAACUCUAUUCAUUCAUAUGUUGGGUCAAGCGACGGUUCAGAACCUCCUGUUAUUCUUGUUGGAACGCAUAAAGAUAAAUUAGUCGGGACUGAAAAACAAAAAUUAGAAUAUGCAGAUGCAUACUUUGAAAGAAUAAGAACAUUUUUUGAGGACUCACAAAUUCUCAAUCAUAUUCAAGCAAAUGAUUUUAUAGUCAAUAGCGUUGACUUCAACGACAAGGAAAUCGUUGAGCUUCGAAAGGAAAUCAUACGUAUUGGUAUGAAACAUUCUAAAAUAAAAAUUCCGGCAAAGUGGAUAGCCCUUGAAAAAGAAUUAAUUCAGAUAAGAUACAUGAAGAUAAUUCCAUUUAGCAAAGUGGUGGAAAUUGAUUCAGAAAAUGAAUUCCCACUAAAGGGAGAAGAGGAAAUCAAACUGUUCCUUAUUUAUCACCACUCGAAAGGAACACUAUCUUUCUUUGACGAAGAACCAAUAUCAGCAUAUGUAGUACUUGAUACGCAGUUUCUCAUUGAUGCGUUCAAAUGCAUUGUAACGUCAGAAAGAUUUUGCAAAAAGGAGUCAAAGCAUCGCCACCUCUGGAAUCUUUUACGGAAACAAGGGAAGUUGAAUAUGGAGCUUAUUCACAGAGUUUGGGAGUCAAACUAUUAUUUUCUCAAACAUAAGAAAGAAAUUCUGAUGUUUAUGCAAAGGCAUUAUAUCAUAUCUGAAGUUUCAAGUUUUGAUGAACACACGGGAACAUCAAAAGGACUCGAUUGGUUUAUUGUACCUAAUUUCUUACGUAACCACAGUGAUAACAACACAAUUACAGAGUUCUUUAAAGGAAAAAGACAAACAUCUUUAAGGUUUCUGAUGUUGUUUGAGUAUACUCCCGUUGUGCAAAUUGUAUAUUGUCGUCUUAUUGCAGCUCUGGUAGCAAGGUGGUCAGUUGUUCAAAUAGGCGUAUUGAAACAAGGAAAGGAGUUCUUAUUGUACGAAAACUUAGGAGUAUUUAGGUUGGACACUCUAAAUGCUGGAGUUGUUGAAUUACAACAGAACAGAAUUGAAAUGCGUGUUAUUAGCCUUUGCACAUCUCAAAAUGUAAACAGCAUUACAGCAGACAAGUUCAGACGCUUUGCAGAGUUAUUGGUCAUCAGCGAAUUCAAUAAACUGCGUCAUUUACCCACAAUUCAAGGAAAACCUUUCAAGCCAUGUUUUAGAUGCAACAAUGAAAGCCAUGGUCUAAAUGGAGGUCAAGGAAUCUUGCAUUUGGAAACCCUUAAAGGUAAAAGCAUUGAACCCUGCCUUGAUAUGCCAAUCAAUCACGAAAUUCACACACAACAGGCACUUUCCGAAUGGUUUGAAGAAAUCUCAAAGAUACGACUUGCAGAAGACUGUCAGUUUAAUGAGAAACAAUUGAGCAAAAUAGCACAAUCAAUUGGUAACAACUGGGAACUCCUUGGGAGUGAACUUGGUUUAAGCAUUGUCGAAAUCGAAAAAAUAUCAAUGGACAAUGACACUAGCAGUGUCAGGAUCUACAAAAUGUUAUUGAGGUGGAAAGCUGAGGAGCAAGAAAAUGCCACUGUCAAUACUCUUUUACAAGCUAUGAAAUCAACGAAGUCACUUACCGUUGAAUGGGAUGAGGUGAUGAACAUUGUUGAGCAAAUAGCAUCCACACAAGAGAAAUAA